AUGGGACCUGCUGGAAGUGGCAAGUCUACGUUUUGUGCCACAAUGAUGACCCAUUGCCAAGCAGCUGGUCGUCGCGUCCAUCUAGUCAACCUCGAUCCUGCUGCAGAGCACUUUGAAUAUGAGCCUACCAUUGAUAUUCGGGAAUUGAUCACGUUGGAAGAUGUCAUGGAAGAAUUGGAUUAUGGUCCCAAUGGUGGCCUUAUUUAUUGUCUUGAAUUUUUGCUCAACAACAUUGAUUGGCUUGAGGAGGAGAUUGGCAACUAUGACGACGAUUAUCUUAUCAUUGACUGUCCUGGCCAAAUUGAAUUGUACACACAUUUCCCUAUCAUGAAGCGAGUUUGCGAGGCACUUGAACGGUGGAACAUGCGGAUUUGUGGUGUCUAUUGCCUUGAAUCACAAUUUAUCGAAGACAAGUACAAGUACUUUUCAGGUGUGAUGAGUGCCAUGAGCGCCAUGGUUAAUAUGGAGAUUCCCCACGUCAAUAUCAUGACCAAGAUGGAUUUGAUUGAAGGCGAUUAUGGCAACAAAAAGGAUGAUGAAGAACAAGAGAAUGGUGAACAAGAGGACGAGAUGGAUAAGAAGGCUAGACGGCGGAGGAGAAGAAGACGCAUGGAAAGUGCAUUGACCCAGCGUGAAUUGGAACGUUAUCUCGAUCCUGACCCGUUGUUGAUUGCUGAGCGUGCUGGUGAUACAGCCCAAGAAACGAGCCCUAUGAAUCAAAGAUUUCAAGCGCUUAAUCAGGCCAUCGUGCAACUCAUCGAUGACUAUAGCAUGGUCAGCUUUAUACCUCUCAAUAUUACGGAUGAAGAUUCAGUCGAGUAUGUGCUUUCAACCAUCGACAAUGCGAUUCAGUAUGGCGAAGAUUUAGAACCCAAGGAACCUGAUGAUAUGGUCGAUUAUGAUCCUUGA